UCAGAACAUCGUCGGCCGCCGCCGCACGUCACCCACCUCCUAAGACCCCCCAAAACCAGCCCUCGUCUAUGGAGUGGUUUAUUAGAAGACCGGAAGGCUCCGAAUGAUCUGCGUCUCAUCUGCCUCGCGCUAUAUUGUUGCCCGAUCCUUUUCUUCCUCCUUCAAGAUGUCUCGUUCAGCAUUGGAUGAGAUGACAGAAUCUGGUGCAUUCAAUCGCACACCAUCAACCUUCCGCAAUUUCAUUUCCAAAGAGAAGACAUCUCAAUUUCCAUCUGAAACUGGAAGGUAUCACCUAUAUAUAUCAUAUGCAUGUCCGUGGGCAUCCAGAUGUCUUUCUUUUCUGAUGCUCAAGGGACUUGAAAAGGACAUUAGUUACACAGCUGUAAAACCAAUAUGGGAAAGGACCAAGGAGAAUGAUGAGCAUUUUGGAUGGGUUUUUCCCUCUUCUAGUACAGAAGAACCAGGAGCAGAACCUGAUCCUCUUAAUGGUGCCAAAAGUAUCAGGGAACUUUAUGAGCUUGCUAGCACAAAUUACAUUGGAAAAUAUACUGUUCCAGUUCUAUGGGAUAAAAAACUCAAAACAAUUGUGAACAAUGAGAGUGCAGAAAUAAUCCGUAUGUUAAAUACUGAGUUCAAUGACAUAGCUGAUAAUCCAACCCUUGAUUUAUACCCCCCUCAUAUGCAAACCAAGAUAGAUGAGCUCAAUGAAUGGGUGUACGACACAAUAAAUAAUGGGGUAUACAGAUGUGGCUUUGCCAAGAAACAAGGUCCUUACAAUGAGGCUGUUGAAAAAUUAUAUGAAGCAUUAGACAAAUGUGAGGAGAUCCUUGGCAAGCAACGGUAUAUUUGUGGGAAUACACUUACUGAAACUGAUAUUCGCUUGUUUGUUACUCUGAUCAGGUUUGAUGAGGUGUAUACUGUUCACUUCAAAUGCAACAAGAAACUCCUCCGUGAAUACCCAAAUCUGUUUAAUUACACGAAGGAUAUAUUCCAAAUUCCAGGCAUGAUCAGUACUGUCAACAUGGCGCACAUUAAGCAGCACUAUUAUGGAAGUCAUCCUUCUAUCAAUCCAUUUGGAAUUAUUCCAAUUGGUCCAAGUGUAGAUUAUUCUUCUCCACAUGACAGAGAAAGAUUUCGAUCUUGAAAUUUCAUGUAAACCAUCCUGGGAAUUCUUGUUAUCCGUGUGGAGAAAUAAACAUAGUCGAGAUAAAUUUAUGGCAACUUUUUCUCUCUGUUAUGCAGAUAUGUGCUUUCUCUUGUGCUUACCUCAGAACUAGAUGGUUGGGCAUGUUAUGAGUUUCUAAUUGCUCAUGUAAUCUUGUUAAGACUUGAAUGGUUUAAGGAGUCACUAUGUCACUUUGAUGUGGUUUGUCUGCUA